AUGCGCAGUGACUCAGCUCUCCUCCUCAACCCCCUUAACCUCCUCCUCGACCUCCACAACCCCCACCUCAUCUUCAACACGCACCAUCUCCUCCUCGACCUCUACAACCCUCACAAGCGCUUCCUCAACCCCGUCAACCUCAUCCUCGACCUCCACAUCUUUCUCGACCCUCCCAACAACUUCCUCCUCGACCAUCACAACCUCAUCCUCGACCCUCCCAACAACUUCCUCCUCGACCACCACAACCUCAUCCUCGACCCUCCCAACAACUUCCUCCUCGACCACCACAACCUCAUCCUCGACCCUCCCAACAACUUCCUCCUCGACCACCACAACCUCAUCCUCGACCCUCCCAACAACUUCCUCCUCAACCACCACAACCUCAUCCUCGACCCUCCCAACAACUUCCUCCUCAACCACCACAACCUCAUCCUCGACCCUCCCAACAACUUCCUCCUCAACCACCACAGCCUCAUCCUCGACCCUCCCAACAACUUCCUCCUCGACCACCACAACCUCAUCCUCGACCCUCCCAACAACUUCCUCCUCGACCACCACAACCUCAUCCUCGACCCUCCCAACAACUUCCUCCUCGACCACCACAACCUCAUCCUCGACCCUCCCAACAACUUGCUCCUCAACCACCACAACCUCAUCCUCGACCCUCCCAACAACUUCCUCCUCGACCACCACAACCUCAUCCUCGACCCUCCCAACAACUUCCUCCUCGACCACCACAACCUCAUCCUCGACCCUCCCAACAACUUCCUCCUCGACCACCACAACCUCAUCCUCGACCCUCCCAACAACUUCCUCCUCGACCAUCACAACCUCAUCCUCGACCCUCCCAACAACUUCCUCCUCGACCACCACAACCUCAUCCUCGACCCUCCCAACAACUUCCUCCUCGACCACCACAACCUCAUCCUCGACCCUCCCAACAACUUCCUCCUCAACCACCAUAACCUCAUCCUCGACCCUCCCAACAACUUCCUCCUCAACCACCACAACCUCAUCCUCGACCCUCCCAACAACUUCCUCCUCAACCACCAUAACCUCAUCCUCGACCCUCCCAACAACUUCCUCGACCACCACAACCUCAUCCUCGACCCUCCCAACAACUUCCUCCUCGACCACCACAACCUCAUCCUCGACCCUCCCAACAACUUCCUCCUCAACCACCACAACCUCAUCCUCGACCCUCCCAACAACUUCCUCCUCAACCACCACAACCUCAUCCUCGACCCUCCCAACAACUUUCUCCUCGACCACCACAACCUCAUCCUCGACCCUCCCAACAACUUCCUCCUCAACCACCACAACCUCAUCCUCGACCCUCCCAACAACUUCCUCCUCAACCACCAUAACCUCAUCCUCGACCCUCCCAACAACUUUCUCCUCGACCACCACAACCUCAUCCUCGACCCUCCCAACAACUUUCUCCUCGACCACCACAACCUCAUCCUCGACCCUCCUAACAACUCCCUCCUCGACCACCACAACCUCAUCCUCGACCACCACAACCUCAUCCUCGACCCUCCCAACAACUUCCUCACGACCACCACAACCUCAUCCUCGACCCUCCCAACAACUUCCUCCUCGACCACCAUAACCUCAUCCUCGACCCUCCCAACAACUUUCUCCUCGACCACCACAACCUCAUCCUCGACCCUCCCAACAACUUCCUCACGACCACCACAACCUCAUCCUCGACCCUCCCAACAACUUCCUCCUCGACCACCACAACCUCUUCCUCGACCACCACAACCUACUGCUCAACUCCCUCAACCUCCUUCGCGACUUCCAGAACCACCUCCUCGACCUUCAUAA